AUGGAAAUUACUAUCUAUUUCAUUGCCACUAGCCUACCUGACCGCCUUGCCUCAGUCCGUGACACGCUUCUUCUGAAGCACCCUAGUGAGCUCACUAUCGAGGUCCUAGCGUCUGCGCUCAAGGACGUCGAGAGCAACCUCUGCUCCGUAGCCUCCGCCUCUGGUGCUGUGCCCCCUCCACUGUUCCACGGGUGCACUGUCCCUCAGCUGCCCACCUUUACAGCCUCUCUCGCCACUGCUGCUACUGACGUGACCGCAGCUGCUGUUACGACUUCUUCGCGGUCUCGAGGUAGACGUGGCAAGAGGGGCGGUCAGGGUACAGGUGGCGGCAACGGUGGAGGCGUUGGCGGCGGAGGUGGUGGGGGUGGCGUGCCGACUGGUGGCGACGGGAGUGCAGGACCAGGAGAGGCGUCGCGUGCAGCGGCCGGUGACUCUGCUACUGUAGCUAGUGGAGGCGACGCCCGGGCUCUCACUGCUCGCUACACUACUACUUUUCCCUGCCCUGCUGUUCCCUCUGGGUCUCUGACUGGCUUCCACGUCCCCUCGUUCUCGAGGAACUUGGUGGGCAUGAGGCCUCUUGUGAGUCAGCACGUGGGUGUGUGGAUUGAGCCCUCUGGUGAGACGGCGGUUUGUGCUGACGGCAACACUUACUCGCCUCUUGCCACCUUUACUGCCGAGCCGGGCUCUGGUCUCUACACACUUCACAUCGGCCCUGGUGGGCAGCAGCAGGAGCAGCAGCAGCAGCAGCAGCAGCGGCGGCAGCAGCAGCAGCGGCAGCAGCAGCAGCAGCGACUCCUGCCCCCGGCCCCGGUUGCUUCCCCCAGUCUGGUCCCUACGUCUCACCAGGUUGCUUCGUCCCCCCAGGUAGCUGGGUCUGGUCAGGUUCCCGUGUCUGGUCCAGUUGUUGCAUCGUGCUCCUGCCGGUCGCUUGCACACCCCACCGUUCUGUGGCACCACCGGACGGGGCACCCGUCCCUCCCUCGUCUGCGCGCUAUGUCUCGUCAGCGUCUUGCCUUAGGCCUCCCGCGUGUCUUGCCGUCGCUGCCGCCUUUGCUUGCACCGCCGUGCGGUCCCUGCGUCGAGGGUCGGCUGCGCGCCACCCCUCACUCCUCCUCCCUUCCUCCGGCCACCAAGCCUUUUGAGACGCUCCACUUGGACGUUUGUGGCCCCGCCCCUCGCCUUGGCCCUGAGCACGAGCGUUUCUUUUUAGUGAUCGUUGACGACUACUCCCGCUACACCAUAGUGUUCCCCCUGGCAAAGAAGUCUGAGGGUUGCUUGGCUCUUGUCCACGACACUUCCGCGGACAAGCUCUCGCCUCGCGCCGUUCCCUAUGUCUUCCUUGGUUUCCCUGAGGACUCCUCUGACUUCACCUUUUACCACCCUCCCUCUCACCGGUUCUUUGACUCCCGUGACGUCCGUUUCGAGGAGUCCACCCCCUACUACGUCAGGUGUGUCCCAGGCUACCCCUCCCCCCUCGGUAGCCCCUCAGGUGCUGCCUCCUUCCCCGCAGUCCUCCUCGCAGCCCGCGGCUGA